CAUUAUCACCAUUGCAACAAAGCUUGGCAAGAUUUUGAGACAUGAUACGAUCAUUUAUCACGCUAAAAAUGUACCAAUCUGAAACAGGCUAGUAGGCAGACUCUUUGUCCGAUCCAUAGAUCCAUCGUACAAAGGCAUAGAUCCGGCUUGAAAAUGGAAACUUGGGCGGAGUAACAAUACCAUCAAUUGCCGCACGUAACAAAAUGAUCAAACGACAUCCAUAAUUCAUAUAAAGGUUGAAAUCCACUAGCUUUUCAUUCAAGCUUUCAAACCACCAUAUCAUCUUAACCUUUCCCUGCUAAAGAUGUCCGAUCCAAGUAUUGACAGGCUCGAUCGUCUUUUUGCUAAUCAUUUUGGCAUUUCGCCAAUGAUGUCUGAUUCUCAUCCUUCUUCUCAAGGUGGAAGUUUGAGCAGUCAUCAAGCUACCAGCUCAUACACAUCAUCCGAAUCCAACAGUCCAGAAACUCCACAAAAAGGAGGAAGGGAAUUACCGUUGGGAAAACCGUUUAUACCUGAUAGAUCGCAAUCAAGAGGAGUAAAGAAUUUCACUUCAACUGAUUCAGGGUCGGGAAUUGGAUUAAUUUUUGAUGAGAAUGACAGAAAAGCAAAAGCUCAACAGUUGCUAAAUGCUCUUGCAGAAUUGUAUGCUGCACCUUUGGUCAACAGUGGAUCAAAUUCCAUCAAAACAGCAAGCAUUUACAGUCAAAACUCCAACGAACAACAUGAAAGACAGGCACAAUUUAACCCUUCUGACAUUUCCCCCAAGAGUGUUCAAAGCUCUUUACCUUACAUGCAAGAUAAGCAAAAUGAUUCGUAUCGCAAUUCUUCUUCCACUUUUGGCUCUCUGCCCAAACAGACGAGAAACACGGAGAAAAAAGUAGAAGCACCCGCAAGUGAGCAUAGCGAAGGGGGUGAUGCUACAAUCUGGCCUAUGGAACAAGGUCAAGUGCAUGAAAUUGAUACACCUGAGAAUGUGGGUAAUCUUGCGGCACGUCGUCAAUCCAAAGUCGGAACGCAAAGCGUUGGGCCAAUGUCACCUUUGAGUGAAGUACAAUAUAGAGUCGAUGCAAUUCCUCGUAGAAUCUUGACGGAAGAACAAAGUCGUGAAGAGCUAACGCUCAACUUUCCAUACCUCUGUGAAGCACCACAUGUGAUCAUGUAUGAUGAUCAAGGGAUCGCUUUGCCUCCGCUCAAAUAUGAAGAAACAUCCAACGAAGAACGUAAAGCACGCAAGAAUGCACUCUCUAUCAAAAUUAGGGGCAAGAAGAUGCAUACCUUGAUCAAAUCAAUGGUCGUCUUAGAAAGCAGAUCUUCGCAUUGGAAAAUGAUCCCUGCCGCCAAGCAGAAGAGUAGCAUCCGUCGUCAUGGUGAUCGUUCUAUUGCUGCAGAAUUGCCGCAAGUUCCCGAUCCGUGGAGUAUGAACUUUAUGCACAGCACAAAAGAUACUUUAAGUAUCAAAGGAACUGCUCGUAGAAUUUUUGAACUGAGCGAAAGCCGUGCAUACGGUCAAUGUCCAAAAUGUCAAGGAUGCGGAGUAGGCAUGUGUGGAUUGUGCAAAGGUACGGAACCUGACGAGUGCUUCUGGUGCGAAGGAAGCGGUCGUGAAAAGGUUAAAGCGCAUCUCAAAUGUCAACCUUGCAAUGGAACAGGAAAAUUGGCCUGUAAGACAUGCAAAGGCAGCCUUAAAUCCACUUGUCGUACAUGUGAAGGGGAAGGAGAAGGAUACUUUUGUGCCUACAUUCAAAUCAAAGUUCGCCGUGUUGAUUUUGCUCCUGUCCCCGUUUCAAGUGUUAUUCAAUCUGCCACUCAGCAAAAUGCAGAAUCAAUCAAAGAAGCCGCAAUCAGAAGAACAUGGGAUGCAAUCAACAAAUUGACAGAGGCUAGCGGUGUGAAACAUAAACAUGCUUUCCGUCCUUUGGCUGCUUCUUGUUCUCUGCAAACUUCAUGGUCGGAUCUGGUGGAAGUACAUGUGCCGCAAACGGUCAAAGUUGACAAGAAUGGUCAUCGCGGAUUGUUACGCAGUCGUUCACUGACCAAUUUGCGUGGACAAAAACAUCAUCAUCAACAGCCCAAGAUGAAAAAGUACUUUUUUGUUCUUCCUUGCGAUACCGAUUUGCAACCUGCCGAAAUUGAAGAGGAUGAAUUCGAAUUGGCUCUAAUGCCUGAAAUUCGCCACCAACCUGAGCAACUUGAGCAACAGAUCGAUCCAAGACAACAACAACACGACGUUCCUUACGUUUCUGCCGCCAAAAGCGCACAUCAACGGACACAAUCUGAGCGUGUUCAACAACACGAAAAAGGAAAUCGCAUUAAUUCUGCUGAUGUGGCAGCAUGGCAAGCUCGUGUUCAAUCUCUUUCGGCGUUUAACCAUCUAGUCGUCCGGCCAACAAGCCCUACCAGUCAAUUGGCAUCCAAUCCCGGUACUCCCGAUGAAAGACAUGCUCCAGCUGCAUGGCAACAUGGUGGUGGCUAUUUUGGUGGAGGAGUGUAUAGUGAGCCAAUUUCACCACGUACUGCAGCAAGCAGUGUGAGUGAUGAAGCUCGAAUGCAGAAUAGCUUUAAGCCAACCCCUUCUAUUCUUCGUAACGGACGGGUUUAAUUUGUACAUACAUAUCCCUUAUAUACAUUAAUAUUCGAAUAGUCUUCGCCCU